AUGGACGUCCAUACUGACGAUAACUUUGCCUGCUACAGGUCGGACUACCGCCAACCAGACAGAUGUGUUUCUACUAGUGGCCAGACCCAGUCCGUAGCCUCUUUGCCUGCCUGCGACGAUACUUGGAUAUACCCAAACUAUACCGUACCCCAGGCUUUCACUGGACGAAACCAAAUGGCCCCAAUGUACACGACUCAGCGUCAUCCAGACCAGAGUUAUCCCUCUCCAUCGCCUUCAGUCCCUUCCCCGGGUCCUCGUGUAUCUCCGACCCUCGAUCUCUCAUCCCAGACCCUGGGAGGCCUUUCAGGCGAUAAUUUGUCUGCCGAAUUCUGCACCCGUGACUCCAGUCUUGGGCCAGUCAGGACUUCUCGCAGUCGACAAGCUGCUACGACCUACAGGCUUUCCCGCCGGACGUCGAUCUCGGACCCGCAGCUCUCGCUGGAUACCCCAGAGUCGCGUCCAAGCACCCCCGCCGACGACCCGUCGGACCUUGUUCCUGAACAGGGCCUAUCAUUGAACAUCAACGGCUCCUGCCCUCUUCAAUACCAGCCAGCGACACCCACCUCUCUCUGCUCCCCAUACAUGACACCUUAUAGCGAGUACCCGCAGAAUCGCCCGCCAUCGGGCCAUAUCGACGGUCGCCCGCCAUCGCCUUCCCUCACUUCCAGGUCUUACAUGGCCUCGGGUCCCAGCAGUCCAACAGCUGCCUACUUCCCCGAUGUCUCCCCAGCCGCCACUUACCAUCGAAACACUCGAAUGAGGAAGCACACCAAGAAGAAGCUCGACUCGUUAGAGAAGAAGAGGAUCUGUUUAUAUCACCUCGACCACCAAAAUGCACGUCAGGAAGACAUCGCGGAAAUGUUUGGCAUCGAGCGCAGCACCGUCAGCAAGAUCUUGAAACACAAGAAUCAGUGGCUCAAUGUCGACGAUAAUGCAGAGGCCCAUGCUAAGAAUAGGCCAUCCAAGUUCCCUGAGCUCGAGGCGGUGAUGCGCGACUUCCUUCAAGAAGCUCUCGACAAAGACAUCCCCCUCUCCGACUCCCUCAUCCGCACGCGUGCCUUGGAAAUCGCAAAGGGGCUCGGCAUCAGCGAAGAGAAGUUUAAGGCGAGCUCAGGGUGGGUCGAAAACUUCAAGCACCGACAUGGCAUCCGAUCUGGCAAAUGGACUGGCGGUGUCAAGCACGUUCCGGCGUUCGACAAUCCCAAUCCAGGCCUCUAUGGCCACACCGCCAUGGCCUCUCGUACCUAUCAGCCCCAGUUGCAGAUGGACUCGGAGGAUUCGACGUCUGGUAGCCCCAAUCGAGAGUCUUCUCCCGAGCUCGACGAUGAUACCGGAGAUCACGGGCGCACAAGACCCCAACCGCUACAUCGUCCAGAAGACCAGGACGACUCCCAAUGGGCCUCUUCGUCAUCCCAACGCCUCUCCCUCUCCUCAGCAGCUGUACUCCCCUCGCCCCUUUCAGCAUCGUCAACAAACUCUGCAGAUGAUGGGCAAUCACCCCAGCAGUGCCUCCCCGGUGGAGUUGACCCUAAUUCUUCGGUUGUCGACAUGCAUGCUUCAUCCACCACCUACCUCCCACCGGAAUCCAUCCCCUACGCUAUUUCGACUGAGCGCAGAAUUCCAACUCUCCAGGAAGCGGAAGAUGCGAUCAACAUUCUCAUCGCCUACAUCGACUCUAACCCCGACCGGAUCCUCGAACACUCUGAACGAACGACAUUAACGACGAUAAAAUGCGCACUCUUCCAAUACGCUAGUGGCGUCCCCUUUGAUCGGCGCUGACCUCGGCUCGACUUUCCCAUUGUGCGUGCCUCUGUGGAUCUGCUUCGACAGGAAGGCUCAGGCAUGUCAGGUGCUUCUUACCUUCACUAGGAGCAGAGCAUCGCGGUA